CGAAACCAUAUUGCUAUGUUUAUUAAUGGUUGUCAGUUUCAUAUAAUUAAAAGUAUUGGUUUCGAUUUAGGUUUUAUCCCAAAACCGAACUAAAAAUAAAUUGGUUAACCGAUUAACAGUGAGCAUAGUGCCGCAUACCCCUAGAUUGAGCAGAGCUCUCUCCUCUUAUUCAUCCCACCCACCUCAUUUCUUUUAAGAACUCCUUUCACUUUUCUCUUUUAGAUCCUAUUCUUCGUCAACUAUUCUUUCUCCCUUACACUAUACUUUGUUCUAACCAAUAUAUCUCCAUGAGCAUGAAAGAAGAAGAAGAGGCUACUUCUGAAAACAACCAAUUAGUGGAAGUGGAAGCUGAAGAUGAAGUGGAAGAAAAACAGGAAUCGGAAAUCAGUGAUCAUCAUCAGAAAAAGAGAUCGAUAUUGAUGCUGGGUUCUUCUCCAAAAGAACCCAAAACAGAUAAUCAAGCCUCCAAGAAAAGGAAAGUGGUGGAGAAAACAGUAGUAUCAGUGAAGAUUGAAGCUAACAAUACACAGAGUAGUAAGAGUGAUGGACCACCAUCUGAUUUUUGGUCCUGGAGAAAAUAUGGCCAAAAACCCAUCAAAGGAUCUCCAUAUCCAAGGGGUUACUAUAGGUGUAGUACAGCAAAGGGAUGUUCAGCAAAGAAACAAGUUGAGAGAUGCAGAACUGAUGCAUCAAUGCUCAUAGUUACAUACACAUCAAGUCAUAACCAUCCUGGUCCUGAUAUUCAUACAGCCACUAACUUAUUACCAAAUCAAGAAACCAUUACUUCCAGUACUACUACUACAGAAAUAAUCUCAUCACCCAAACAAGAAAGUAGUACUGAUAAUAGUCAUCAUCAACAAGAAGUUGCUGUUCCAACCACACCAAAAGAAUCACCAGUACAGUCUUUUAUCAACAGUACUGAUGAAGAUGAUGAUUACAGUUACAUUUUUCAAUCACCUAUAGAUGAAGAAAUCAAUAAUCCAUUUACAGAAGUAGCAGCAUUAUUACAACAUAAAGGUACAGUACAUCACAGUUUUGAUGAAGAUUUAGUAGUAGUACCACUUUCUUAUCCUCCUCAUCUUAUGUCUACAUUCUCAUCAUCAUCAACUACAUCACCAUCAUCAAAUUCAACAACACCUAAAUCAGAAGAGAAUGAUUUCUUUGAUGAGCUUGAGGAGUUGCCUACUUUUUCAUCUUUUACAGGUUUUAUGAGAAACACUUUUUUUGAUGAAAGAAUUCUUCUUCUUCCUUCUUGAAUUAGCAUUUGUCUGUUAAUUAGAAGAAGAAUAUUGUAUUGAGAAUGUGUUCAUAUAAUAAAAACACCACUAGUUCUUUCAUGUUCAUGCCAAAUUCAAGUUCAUUUUUAUACAUUCAAUUGAAUUUGGUAUCAUUUUCAUGGUUCAAUUAGCAAUAAUUUUGAUGGAUCAGUGAAGGGAUGGAUUCAGGGAAAGGUGGCAUUAGAAAUUUUGGCAAAAUGAGUAGGAAAAGAGUCCAGAAAAGAUCAUAAGGAGAAAAGGUUAACGAAAAGAUGGCUAUAAAAAGGUGCACAGGACAGUGGGGGAUGAGUGAGUGGUCGAGAGCAUAUUUAUUAGAAGAUGCCACCACGAGAUUCAUGAGGAAAAGUGGAAAAGUGGAGAUGAGAGUAGGUUACUGACUGUCUGUUUUAUAUGUCUUUUUUUAGGGUUUUUAAUUUUUGUGCCUGCUGUUGAUGCUCUCUCUCUUUUGGCAAUUUCUUCCAAUUGGAGGAUUCUUGAUUCUA